GACAUCAAACAAACCAGACCUCCCCGCAACCAAACCCGGAUCGCACACGGGCUCCGGCCGCCCCAGCGCCGCAGGGAUGGAUGUUGCCAUACUGCCAAAGGCCGUUGUCUCUAUUGGACGUCGGAUCAUCACUAUUGGCUUUGCGCUGCUCAUCCUGUCCAUAUUGGCAUGGGCCUACAUUUCAGGUAACCAGCUGGCUGCCGACCGGUACCAUAUUAUGGCUUUUGGCCUCUAUGGGGCCUUCCUCACAGCCCACCUCAUCAUCCAGAGCUUCUUUGCCUUCCUGGAACACAAGAGGAUGAAGAGGGACUCUCUGACUUGCAGUUACACCAAGACGGUGGCUCUCACCAUCUCCGCUUACCAGGAGGACCCAGCUUACCUCCGCGAGUGCCUUGAGUCCGUCAAAGCGACCUUGUACCCUCCGGAGAAGCUCCGGGUCAUCAUGGUGAUUGAUGGUAACAGCCCUGAUGACCGGUACAUGAUGGACAUGUUCCAAGAGGUCUUUGCUGGGGAAGACGUGGGGACGUUCGUCUGGGAGAACAACUACCACCACCAGCCUCCGUUGGAUGUAGACGAAGGGGACAGUGGCUACCAAGCCGGGGACGAGCCUCCUGUCUACAGCGAAAUAGAUAUGGAUGACGUCGGGCAGCUGGCUGUAGAAGAGCUGAUCCGGAACAAGAGAUGUGUCUGCAUCAUGCAGAAAUGGGGAGGGAAGAGAGAAGUCAUGUACACAGCUUUCAAGGCCCUGGGCAGCUCAGUGGACUAUAUCCAGGUUUGCGAUUCAGACACCAAGCUGGCCCCAGAUGCAACCUUGGAACUGGUGAAGGUACUGGAGUCAAACGAACGCUACGGGGCUGUCGGUGGGGAUGUGCGGAUCCUCAACCUCUCUGACUCCUAUAUCAGCUUCAUGAGCAGCUUGCGGUACUGGAUGGCCUUCAACAUCGAGCGCGCCUGCCAGUCUUACUUUGACUGUGUUUCUUGUAUCAGUGGCCCCCUAGGCCUGUAUCGGAAUGACCUCCUGCAGCAGUUCCUAGAGUCCUGGUACAAUCAGAAGUUCCUGGGUACCCACUGCACCUUUGGAGACGACCGGCACCUCACUAACCGGAUGCUGAGCAUUGGCUAUGCCACCAAGUACACUGCUCGCUCCCGUUGCUACUCAGAGACGCCGUCCGUGUUCCUGAGAUGGCUGGCACAGCAGACUCGCUGGACCAAGUCCUACUUCCGUGAGUGGCUCUACAAUGCCCUCUGGUGGCACCGGCACCACCUGUGGAUGACCUACGAGUCAGUGGUGGCCGGGAUCUUCCCCUUCUUCGUCACGGCCACCGUCCUGCGGCUCUUCUACGGGGGGAAUUUGUGGGACAUCCUGUGGGUGCUGCUCUGCGUCCAGUUGGUGGCUUGCGUGAAGGCCCUCUACGCCUGCUGGCUGAGGAGGAACUUCAUAAUGAUCUUCAUGUCGCUCUACGCUGUGCUCUACAUGGGCGGCUUGCUCCCAGCCAAGUACUUCGCCAUCAUCACGAUGAACAAGAGCAGCUGGGGAACCUCGGGCAGGAAGAAAAUGGUGGGGAACUAUAUGCCUCUGCUGCCCGUCUCCAUCUGGGGCCUGCUGCUCUUGGGAGGCCUGGUCUACACCAUCUACCUGGAGGCCCUGGCUGACUGGACAACCGAGGCCAAGCAGACUGAGAUCUGGUACCUGCUCAUUGGGUCAGCCAUCUAUGUCGGCUACUGGACGUUCAUGAUCAUGCUUUAUUGGCUGUGGGUGCGGAGAUGCUGCCGGAAACGGGUGGAUUUUUAUAGUGUUCAGGUGUGAAGAGCCUGGGGGGGCGGUUCUGAAACCUGACUGUAAGACAGAAUCUGAGACCAGUGAGGGCUUGGGUGCUCACCCAAGCUCUAGGAGUGAAGAGUGACCUCGUAGGAGCCACUCCUGGAUAAGAAAUGAUGAGUUCAGUGUCCUGUGAGUUUCCACUCCAUAAUAUGUCUGUCAGCAGAGUGGAUGUCCACACUCCUCGGGUUCUCUUCUAGGACUAGGAGCCCCGGGGGUGCCUGAAUCUCAGGGAGGAGAUCUUUUAUCCAACAAGAUGUGAGGGUCUCCUAGCCUCCUCUUCUCUCCUUCUUUGGCUGGUAACGGUCUAGGUCCUGGGAGAUGUUUCUGACCUCAGUUUAUUUAUAUAGUGUCAGAGUUUUUUCCACAUUCCAAAAAAAAAGUCAAAUGUCUGCUUUCCCCUCCUCCUUGAAAUGCAGCCAUCUCUGGGGUGGGUCAGCUGGGUGAUAUGAAACCCCACAGGGACACGAGACGCAUAGGAACCAAUCUCAUUGCACUGAAGUGCCACUGCAGAUCCAAGUCUUGCGUGCUGCAGCCACUGAGCAGAGAGACGAGGAUGAAGGGAUGUUGACACAUGCAACAGGUUGGAUCUGACUGGGAAAAGAGGGAGGUGGGUAACCUCCUUUUGAUGGAACUGGAGACAGAACCUUGACACCUGUGAAUCCUGCAUGACAUAAAAGGAUUCUCUUCUCUCUCUUUUUCCUGCAAGAAAAAGAAAUCCCUUAGUGCUAUGUCUUAUCUUGACUUGUGAACACUUGAUGGUUACAGAAGAAACACAGUUUACAGUUGUGGGACAGAAGCUGGAAACUUCUGUCUUGGUUUUUGCUUUAUUUGUUUUUGUUUCUUUCACCUGGAAAGGAAAUUGGCAUUGUGGCUGAGAGGGGAGGGUCAAAGUCACCCUUAAUCACCUCUCUGUUAUUGUUUUUAAAUUGUAUGUUGACCAUUGGAGUUUUGGGAGCUCCUUUCUACAGGAAAAUGAAGGAGAGUAAUAUUAUUUAUUUGCUGUAUUUUAAUAAUAAGGGCUAUUUAAUGGUUGUUGAUGUUUGUUUGUUU